UGGGAUCUGGAUGCUUUUUUCUGACGUAGCCUUUGCGUAGCAGCUCCGUCCCUCCCGCCAGGAAGCUGCAAUGAGUGGAGGAGGGGAGCAGCCAGACAUCCUCAGUGUGGGAAUCUUGGUCAAGGAAAGAUGGAAGGUGUUGAGGAAAAUAGGUGGCGGAGGCUUUGGAGAAAUCUACGAUGCGCUGGACUUGCUGACCCGGGAAAACGUGGCGUUGAAGGUCGAGUCAGCCCAGCAGCCAAAGCAGGUCCUGAAAAUGGAAGUAGCUGUGCUGAAGAAAUUGCAAGGGAAAGAUCAUGUUUGUAGAUUCAUCGGAUGUGGAAGGAAUGACAGAUUUAACUACGUGGUCAUGCAACUUCAGGGUCGGAACUUGGCAGACCUGCGUCGGAGCCAGUCUCGAGGAACAUUCACCAUCAGUACCACUCUGCGGCUUGGCAAGCAGAUUUUGGAGUCUAUUGAAAGCAUUCACUCAGUGGGAUUCCUGCACAGAGACAUAAAGCCUUCCAACUUUGCAAUGGGACGUUUUCCUAGCACCUGCAGGAAGUGCUUUAUGCUGGAUUUUGGCUUGGCUCGACAAUUCACCAACUCAUGUGGGGAUGUCAGACCACCACGCGCUGUUGCUGGUUUCCGAGGAACGGUCCGGUACGCAUCAAUCAACGCUCACAGAAACAGAGAAAUGGGGCGGCAUGAUGACCUCUGGUCCCUGUUUUACAUGUUGGUGGAGUUUGUGGUUGGACAACUGCCUUGGAGAAAAAUAAAAGAUAAGGAGCAAGUGGGAUCCAUUAAAGAAAGGUAUGAGCACAGACUUAUGUUGAAACAUCUCCCUCAAGAAUUCAACAUCUUUCUGGAUCACAUUUCUAAUUUAGAUUACUUUACAAAACCAGAUUACCAGCUUCUCAUGUCUGUAUUUGACAACAGCAUGAAAACGUUUGGGGUUAUUGAAAGUGACCCUUUUGACUGGGAGAAGAGUGGAACUGACGGCUCUCUGACAACAACAACAACUUCAACUACACCUCAGUUACACACUCGGCUGACUCCAGCUGCAAUUGGAAUCGCCAAUGCCACCCCCAUCCCAGGAGAUCUGCUGCGGGAAAACACAGAUGAAGUGUUUCCUGAUGAACAACUCAGCGAUGGAGAGAAUGUUAUUCCAGUUGGUGUCUCACCAGAGAAACUACCUGGGUCCCCAGGGCAUCAGCGUCCUCAGGAAAAAGAUGUCUGGGAAGAAAUGGAUGCAAACAGGAACAAAAUAAAACUGGGGCUCUGUAAGGCUGCUACAGAGGAGGAGAACAGCCAUGGGCCAGUGAACGGGAUGCUUAAUGCACCGAGCCUGGGCUCGCCCAUUCGUGUCCGCUCAGAGACCACCCAGCUGGACAGAGAUGUCCCCCUGGUGCGAAAGCUGCGCUCGAUCCACAGCUUCGAACUGGAGAAGCGGCUGACGCUGGAGUCCAAGCCAGACACUGAUAAAUUUCUUGAGACCUGUUUGGAGAAGAUGCAGAAAGAUUUGAAUGCUGCAGCGGAGACUGCUGUUGCUGCUGUUCCUCCUCUUGCUCAGAAAAUACCUGUUCCUGCUCCAGCGGCUGCCCGCAUGGACCAUGUUUGGCACUAUGAUGAAGAAUAUCUUCCAGAUGCCUCAAAGCCUGCGUCAGCUAGUUCUCCAGAACAGGUUGAUGGUGGUGUUAGCAAUGGAUUUGUAGCUGUCAACUUAAGCUCCUCCAGGCAGGAGGUUGAUUCUAAAGAGUGGGUGAUAAUAGAUAAGGAACGGGACUUGCAGGGUUUCAGGACAAACGAGGCUGUGGGACACAAAAUGACUGGAAGUCCCUCCGAUGAAGAGCCUGAGGUACUACAAGUUUUGGAGGAGACCCCUCCAGAAGAGCAGCCCAGGCAGGGUGGUUGGGCAGGAAACGGUGUCCGUACGAAGAACCAAACCUCAGGGGUGGACUUAGUUCUAGCCAUGGAGUGUCACCCGGCCGCUUCCGAUCAGCUUACCGAUAAACUGGAACUUUUGGCCGGAGCUGCUGGACAGCUUCUUGCAGCCACCCCUACAAGUCCUAUGGAGGCUCAAGCAGAAGGGGCGCUCACUCCGCUCAACUCAUCUCACAUGCUGCAUUUCUCCACUCCAAGAAUUUCAAGCCCCAUCCUCCGCACCAUGAGCCCUAUAGCCUAUCUGUCCAUCCACUCCGACCCUCUGAGGGAGGCGGCUUUUCCAAGGAGCCAGUCAGCUGAGAGCCGCUCCUCGUCCUCCUGCUCCGCUGGCCGGAGGCAGCUUCCUCUCAUUCCCUGUGGCAACAAGUUCCCCCCUGUCAUUCGCAUCUCAAAAGCACAACUGCAGCAGGUAACAAUACCCAGACCUUCUGUGGCAUCUACACAGUCUGCUUCGGAGAGUUUUCAUUAUGGCCACCAGCUGGAGAAAAGAGACCGUGAUGCUCACUCUAUGGAUCACACUGUGGAACUUGCCUCUCCAAAGGAAAAUUUGCCAGGUUUGGUUGUGACAGAAGAGGCACUUCCCACUAGUGCUGACAGACCAGAUUUGGGAUUUAAUAUCAGCCAAGAGGUACUUGAAGGGGAAAGACAUGGCAAAGAAUGUGUCAGACUCCUGGACUGUGCCCAGAAGGACCUACCUGAUCCGCAUAGCAGGAGACAGGAAGAGAAAGAACUUGAAAAUCUUCCUGUAGAAUCUGGGGGAGAACGGCUUCCAGUGGUUUCUGAGGAUGCCAAUGAAAUGCUAAGCAAAGAACAAAAUUCUUUACCAGGAAAGUCAAAAUCUGUGGAGGAAGAGCCUCUAACCAAUGCUGAAGCUGCUGAAGAAUCAAAGCCAAGGCCUCUCUGCUUGGUGCCAAAUCAGGAUGAGCUUCUGAAAUCCACAGCACCCAAAACACAACAAGUUUCUCCCUCAAGACUUAGCAAUUCACAUACUAAUAGACAGGCAAACAAAAAGGCACCCAUUCAGGAGAACGGUUUUCACAAUAAUAAGGAACAAAUCCAUAUCCAAGACUUGAAAAGCCACCAGUUGGCCCUGACUACUUUUUUGCACCAGGAGGACAAAAAGGAGAAAAAUGCUCCCAGAAAUGGAGAAUUAUUGCACUGCAUUUCAGAGAAUGAGAAUUCUCAUCGAUCUAAAAAGGACUCAGUUAAAUCUCCUUUUACGUUCAGGCAGAGCCGAAUUCCAGUUUUAGCACAAGAGAUAGACUCGUCAGAUUCCUCUUCACCUGUUUCGGCAAAAGAAAAGCUCCUUCUAAAAAAGGCCCAUCAGACAGACUUGGUCAGGCUGCUCGUAGAAAAGAGACAGCUCAGAUCUUUCCUUGGUGACCUCUCAAGUGCCUCUGACAAGUCACUGGAGGAAAAAGUGGCUGCUGCUCCGGUACCGUUUUCCGAGGAUGACGUCCUGUCUUCGUUUUCUAGGUUAACAUUGGACUCGCAUUUCAGCAAGCAGACCGAAGAUAGCUCCUUAUCUCCAAGCAGCCCUCAGUCCAGGAAGAGCAAGAUUCCAAGGCCAGUAUCCUGGGCUACCGCUGAGCAAGUCACCAGUUCGAGUUCAGCCCAGUUCUUUCCUCGGCCCCCACCAGGAAAACCGCCUACUAGGCCUGGGGUAGAAGCUAGGUUACGCAGAUACAGAGUCCUAGGGAGCAGCAGCUCGGACUCGGAUCUUAUCUCGCGCCUGGCUCAAAUACUACAGAACGGAUCUCAAAGACCGCGGAAUUCUACUCAGUGUAAGAGUCCAGGAUCUCCACAUAGUCCAAAAACACCACCCAAAAGCCCUGUUAUCCCCCGGCGCAGUCCCAGUGCCUCCCCUAGGAGCUCUUCCUUACCCCGCACUUCCAGUUCUUCUCCGUCCCGGCCUGGGAGACCCCACCAUGAUCAGAGGAGUUCAUCCCCGCAUCUUGGGAGGAGUAAGUCACCUCCUAGCCAUUCAGGCUCCUCAUCUUCUAGGAGAUCCUGCCAACAAGAGCAUUGCUGCAGCAAACCGAGCAAGAACGGCCUGAAAGGAUCCGGCAGUUCCUUCCACCAUUCCCCAAACACUAAAACUCCCACGGGAAAGAGCAAAUCAGCCAGUAAGCUUAGCAGAUAGGAACUCUGGGCCUUGACAGUUGUAAAGUCUCCUAAAUCCAAUGCAUGUUGUGUCUGUGUACUGUGUAUUUAAAAAAAAAAAAAAAAAUCAAAAAAGUUUAAAAAAAAAAAAAAGUGUUGAAUCUGAGCUUUCAAAAGAAAGUGAACAUCAAAGACUAUUCAUGACAAAACAUACUGUGGAGAAGAGUGGCCAGGCAUUCCCGAAGAACAGGCAGCAAGCAGAUCUGGGGAGGCGAGGUAAAGGCCAGGGAAAGAAUGGCUAGUUAGAUGAAGAGGUGCAGUGUUUUUAAAGUGAAAAAUAUUUCUGAGGUGAGUGUUUUAAAAGGAAAUGUAUUUCUAUGUUUUUAGUUUGUCUAGCUGGAAGAUUUGGCCUAAUUAUUGUAAGGCCUGUCUCGAGGAGUAUACAAGAAAACUUAAAAACUUUAUUCCCAAAAUGACACCCCCACUGGGGAGAUGAGUACCGUUCAGGCAAGUAUUUGUAGUUUUAAAUAAGCACAUGACUUGGAAGAUUAUGGAAUUUCUACCUUAUAAGUCCUUUCCGUUUCGAGCUGCGCAUGUCUCUGAGUCGGUCAGUGCUCACCUUUUCCCAUAUCUGCCAUGGCACAGAACUUCCUCCAUAGAGAAGUACCAUAUUCUGUAUCCCUCUUGAGACUGAUCACAUUUUUAAAAUAAGUAUUAGCACUUGUCAAGAUGCGAAGCUCCAUAGAACAUUUCUUUAGUACUAAUUAGUUGAGAAUUAGCUUCUCGGAUCCUAGUUCUCUCAUACUUCAAAUUCUAAAGAACUCUGUUUGGAUAAGGAAAAAAAAAAUCAUGUUUGGGAAAUGAGAGAUAAAAGAUAUCUGCCCUCCAUGGGAUGUUGCAGAUUUACAGUAAGUUGCAAUGUACAUGAGAAUAGAAGCUAUAAAUAGGAAACAGAAAUCUGUUUUUUAUGUAUUUUUUUCCCUUACCUAAAUGCACAAAGAUCCCUUGUUCCUGCUAGCUAUGGUUAUUCCAUUAGUUAUGAACCACUUAAGCCAUUGAUAUUUUUAAUGGUGUCAAUAUCUUCCUAUUGAAUCCACGCUAAGAAGCUGUAAAAAGCAGAGACGAUUACCAACCUGCUUUUGCUUUAUAUUCCUUUAUAUACACAUGAAAAGUGAAACAUGCCUGAGUUCUCAGAGAUAGGGAGAGUGUCUAUAUUGUGAACUUGGUAGGCUGCAGGUAACAAAAAAUAUGCUCAAAGCCUUACAGAAUCUGGGUAAGAAUAUUAGUUGUCAAAGUAGAAUAUAGAGAAAACAAAUGAGAGAUGUUUUUGAUCUCAGAUUCUUGUCAUUCUUUGUCCAGAUCAUUCCUCGAUAGCCACGUGUCAUUGUCAGUUCAUGGUGUCUAGAUUUCCCAGCUUCUUUUGGUAGUUGCUGCUGGAACUCCUGUGCUGUGCAGGACCUCUGGAGGAAGCCUUUAGCUGUAGCACCCUGGGCUGUGUUGGGAAGAGGACAGUGGGUGGGAAGAGCAGCACACGGGAGAGCAGCCCGAAGGAGGUGCAGCAGCUCUCCCUGGCUGUGCCUGUCCCGGGAGGCUGCUGGUGCAGGAAGCUGGGCGCUUCCUGAUCUGCUUGCUGUGCUCACAUGCCUCUCCAACCACAUCUGUGCUUUUUUAUUUAGCCUCUGCCAAAUGAAUACCUUUGAAUUAAGAAGGGAAUAUUUUGUCUCUGAGCUGACGCAUUUUAAUGCUGCAUUAAAGCUGCCCUGGAGCUGCACUGAAUUUCACUUGCUCUGUCAGACUAUGUUGAUUUUUUUUUCUUACUAUGAAUAUGUAUAUUGUUCUCCAUACAUAAUGUAGCAUAGUGUGGAACCUUAAUUUCAUUCAGGUUUCGAGCACUACAGAGGAACGCAAUAGGUAGGGUAUAUGAUUUUUUUCUGAAGAAACUGUACCAUUGGAAAGUCCUAUUCCCUGUAUUAUAUUGUAAAAUAGGUGCUAUACCAAUAAUUGCAUGUCCUCAUGGUAAAUUAUAUAAUAUAAAUAUUUAUAAAUAUAUAUAUACAUAUGCUUAUAUAAACUCACACUUUCUCAUUUUUCAUUUGUAACUUACGGACCAUAAAUGAUACCAUUCCCUUUCUGUUGGUUCCUGAAUACUCUUGGCACUGUAUCUCCUAUUCCUGAAUAUUUUCUGGAAUGCACCAAGUCCAACAGCCUGCUGCAAGGCUUGGUACGAGAUGGAAGGACUGCUGAUUUCUAUCAAUAUAAGCCCGUGUUUCGUCUUGCAGCUUUCUUUGUUUGAUAUUUUAUGUGUGUUUGCGUAUGAACAGGAACAGAGACUCAAAGGUGUUUUUAUUUUUGAUUACAAAUAGGACUUACGAUUAUUCAUUUUUUAUUUCAUCAUGUGAGUUUUAAUUGUUAUGAAUGCUCCUGAUAUGGGAGCAGUGACAGUCGAUGAAAACCUAAGAGAUGAAUGUGACAACAACAAAUUCCAUCCUUUCCUUCCUGUUUUCCUUUUAUGUUACCCUACAGUAUACAGAAAAAGCGGAUAGGAUCUCCUUGUGACAUUUCUGCCCUGGGUACUGCUGGAAUUAUCAGCUCAUUCUGUUUCUUCUUCUCUCUCUCAUUUCUGAAGAGCAUUUGUUAUGGUCCUACAUUAACAUGGUCAGCUUCAGUGGGUACGAACUUUAUGCAUCCUCCCCUGAAAUACUGAAAUUGACGUGUUUGUAUUUUCUCCCCAGUGUAGCAAAAUCCCCAAACAGGUCAUUGCUGCUAUUGUAGGAAUAGCAUAUAACAUGUAAGCCUUUUUUGUGAUCUCACCAAAAAUGCCAACUUUUGGAUUGUUGCAUAU